AUGGCUACUCCGGGGAUUGGCAGCAGCAGCGGCAGCAACAGUCGGCUCGUCCAGAUGCUCACAAGCGGCGCGAGCCAAACUAGCUUCUCCGAGCUCGUGCUUGAGCUGCUCUCCGUCGUCGCGCCGCUCUGGCUCGCCGUCAUCGUCGGCCUUAUCCUCGGGUGGUCAUGGCGGCCGCAGUGGGUCAACUCCCUCGCGUCGGACCCGCGUUCCUCCGCCUUCUGGUCGCUUCUCACCGGCGGACCUUUUAAAGAGGCGUGGUCAGCGGGGUGGUCAUGGGGCCAGGCUGUGCUGGACUCGUGCGGUCAAGCUCAGGUUCCGGGAUUCCCGGCAGCGGGAGCUAAGGAGGGAGUUAAAGGGGCUAGAGAGCCCGGGUUUCAGGCGGUAGGGGUGCUUUUUGGGAGAGAUUGGAGCUCUCUGGGAGAGAAGGUGCUGCCUUGGCGAGCGACUGAGAGGGUUGGUGGCUCUGGGAAGUUGAAAUUAGAUGCUUUGGGGAGCGAUGCCGUUGAAGCGAGGAGGCCGGAAGGCGCGGAGGAGAUUGGCGAACGUCGUAACGGUAACCGUGUAAUUGAUUCCGCGACCGGCGCUGCGGAUAGCAGACGGGAGCGUCAAGUGAACGGCGAGGCAGUCAGCAACGAAGCUGUGACUGACGAGCCGUCUGUGCAGUCGCGGUGCAAGGGCUUGCGCCGGCCAUCGUUGCAAACAGGAAACCUUCAGCUGCUAGAGGUCGGCCGUAACGUGCAUGGGCACGCCAACGGGCACGGCGCCGAGCAUGGCGGUUCGGAAGCGGAUAUGGAGUUAGUUCUUACCGAGGAUGACUUGGAGGAGUUUUGCGCCAAGGUGGAGGGCAAGGACGGCGGGCCGGAGUGGCAGCUGCUCAUGGAGAAGACGGCCCCGGGGAUGCAGUACACGGGCUGGCGACGGGACCCUGAGCAAGGCCCCACGGAGUACCGCAGUCGCACGGUGAUGGAGCGGUGCUCGUCAGCGCUCAUGCGUGACUUCUUUUGGGACGACGAGUUCCGCGCGGCGUGGGACGACAUGCUCGUGCAGGCGCGCACCAUCACCGCCUGCGAGCGCACCGGCUUCCAAAUUGUGCACUGGGUCCGCAAGUUUCCGUUUUUCUGCAAGGACCGCGAGUACGUGAUAGCGCGGCGCAUCUGGUCGCACGACGACACCUUCUACUGCAUCACCAAGGGCGUGCACCACCCCGAGGUGCCCAAGCGCGACAAGCCCCGCCGCGUCGAAGUCUUCUACUCCAGCUGGCGCAUCCGCCCCGUGAUUGGCGCCGAGGGCAGCAACGCAGCGGAAGUCAUGCUGUUUCAUCAUGAGGAGAUGGGGCUGCAGAGGGAUAUUGCGAAGCUGGGCGUGCGGCAGGGCAUGUGGAGCGCUGUGAGGAAAAUGGAGCCUGCGAUCAGGAAGUAUGAGAAGCAGCGCGCUGAGGCCUCGCGGCCGUUGAGCCGGUGUGUCUCGCUGGCGAAUCUGCACACGCCGAUUGUGCCGUCGCCUGGGAGUAGCCGGGACGGGGAGGAGGAUGGGGGAGUGGCAGGGCAGGCAGCAGCAGCCAAGUCGUGGUUGCAAGUGGUUCAGGCAAUGCUGGUGCUCAUUCGCCAGGUGAAAGCUCAACCGUUGGAUCUGGAGAUGGCAGAGGAAGACGACGGUCUGGAUCUGCCCAGCAGGAAAGGAGUGAUUCUUGUGAUCGAGGGAGCGAGGCCUGCGCGAAUCAUGGUGGCAUCAGAGGUAGCACAACGCGACGUUACGCGGUCGCCGUCUGGCGCCGCAAUGCUCGCCGCAAGCAAUGCCGGUGUCGGCGCAUCAGCGAGCAGCGCGUCGGGCGGCGGCUUGACUGCAGAAGAGGACGUUACCGUUCUCGAGCGCCCGUCCCCUCCUCGCCCGCCCCCUCACACUUUCAUUCCGCCCGCUGCUAUUUCCGCUUUCUCUUCUCCAGUCUCCCCCUUUUCUGAUCCUCUGAACACUUCCCCGCCUGUCCCGUCCGCCUUUCCCCCCAUCCACCCAUCCACCAACUCUCACCCUUUUUUGCUGGAACCUCUCCAUUCCCCCACCAACCCCUCUCUCCCCCUCCCCUCCCUCACCCCCCCUCCCGCCAUCUCUUCUUUCGCCAACCCCCUUCCCCUCCCCUCCCCCACACACUUUCCCCACUCUUCGCCUUCCCCAACUUUUCGUCUCCCCCCCCCCCCCCCUCCCCGCCCCACUUCCCCCUCACUUUCUCCCCCCUCCUCCCUCCGUUCCCCCAGUCUGGAGGUGGGGCGGGCGGCUCAGCGCGCAGCCAAGGGAUGGCUGGUUAUGGGAAAGGCGGGGGGAGGCGGAGAGCAGGGCGGGGCGCUCGGGGGAAAGGGGGCGGGCUCUUUUGCGCGUUGGGGCGGGAGCAAGAGCGGUAGCGGGGCGGGGUUGAAGGAGGGGGAGGACUGGGAGGGCGGGGAGGAGGGGGAAGGGGAGGCGGAGCAGGGGGAGGGGGAGGCUGCGUCCGCGGAAGUGGGGCGGAACAUGGCGUUCUGGCGCGCAUGCGUGAAAGUGGAGAUGUUUCUCAAGAUCUGUCGCAGCAUAGGGCUGUACGACGUGAAUGUCUUCACCCCACCCGAUCUGGUGGAGAGGCGUGACCUCAGGCGGGUGUAUCUGUGCCUACGCACUCUCAGCAAGCGAACAAUUGGAAUCAAGGAUUUUGAGGGCAACAUGGUGACUGCCACGUCAGCAACACGCCACCGGCUCAUGUCGUCUGUAUCCAACACCAUCCGACACACCACUGCCGCCCUCUCCCUCUCGCCCUCCCUCUCCUCCUCCACCUCUCAAUCCAAACCACCUCCAGCCCUACCGCCCCCAGCUGCACCCCUCCCAGCUGCACCCCUCCCAGCUGCAUCCCUCCCAGCUGCACCCCUCCCAGCUGCACCACCGCCCCCAGCUAUGAUUUCUGAUGCACCCUCCCCAGUUGCGCCCUCCCCAGUUGCACCCUCCCCAGCAGUGCCGCCUCCCAAGCCAGUCCCACCGCCACCAAGUCUACCCUCCUUGGUUCCAAUCUCCCCACCACCACCACCAGCACCACCCUCCCCACGGAUUUCUGCACCUCUGAACCCCUCCAACUCAUCCCUUCACCUCCCUCCUCCUGCCGCUGCCUCUGCCGCUGCCCCUGCCACUGCCCCUGCCGCUGCCCCAGCCGCUGCUCCUGCUGCGUCCUCACCCUCCCCAGCCUCGUUUGGCAAUCCUCUAAUUGAAGCACAUUCGGGAUCAGCGGAAGGGGAGGUGGGAUCCGAGGGAGGGUUUUCCCACUGGCUGGCUUCUCUACCCACUGGUGCAAAGCUCACUGAGAAGGAGUUUGAUGAGAGAUUCAAGCAGCUUGAAAAGGAGGCAGUGGAGGUGGAGGAGGAGUUCUUGCGCUGUCUGGGGCCGGCCUACAACGAGUACGGGGACAACGAUGACGACGAGGAGGAGAUGAUGUCAUUCAUCGCUGCCGUCACCAGCAAUCCGGCCCCGGUUAAGAGUAGUGUGGUUACCACUGCACUUGGUGCGACUCACACAGCGAUGCCAGAGGCCAGCGGCAAGGGAGGCCAAUCAGGUGCAACCACAGAAGUAGCCAAGGCUGCAGGAAAGGGUGCAGCUAAGGGUGCAGUAAGGGUUGUGGGUGGUGGUGGUGGCUCUAUUGGGAGGGCUGGAGGCCGGGUGCAUGAGGUGCAGCCGGGAGAGACACUCUCUGGGAUUGCAGUGAGAGAGGGGUGUACUGUUGCGGAUAUUUUGAGGGCCAACCCUCAUAUUGCAUCGCCAAAUUGUAUUUAUGCGCGUGACCGCCUUGUGCUCUAG